GAAGUUCAUUCUGCCGUGGUUUGAAAGGUGCCCAGUUGGGUCAGACAAAUAAAUCUGUCUUGAUCCCGUUCUUUAAAAACUAAAAAAGAGAGAGGGUCCCUUUCUACUUAUGGAGUUUGGGACCCCCGUCGGCAAGAAGCCAUCCCUCAGUGAUUCAGCCGCUGAUCCGCAGACCGCAGUCCCCCAUUGCUGUAGGGAAUUAUGCCGGCUGAUUCCUUCCAACUUCUGGGAAGAGGCAAAGAAGAUCUUGGUGCUGGCCGGUCCGCUGACAAUCGUCCAGUUGCUUGUGUUUAUGAUCCAUGUCGUCAGCACAAUAUUCUGUGGCCAUCUUGGCAAGGUUGAGCUGGCUUCCGUCACCCUUGCCAUUGCGGUUAUAAACGUGACAGGCAUCUCUGUUGGCUUUGGCUUGUCUUCCGCCUGUGAUACAUUAAUAUCCCAGACGUAUGGAGGCAAGAAUAUGAAGCGGGUGGGCACCAUCCUGCAACGGGGGAUCCUCAUCCUGCUGCUUUGCUGCUUCCCUUGCUGGGCGGUCUUUGUCAACACCGAGCAACUACUCUUGCUCAUCCGGCAGGACCCAGAUGUCUCCAGACUCACACAAGUUUACGUCAUGAUCUUCAUUCCUGCGCUUCCAGCAACAUUUAUUUAUCAGAUACAGAUGAGAUACCUGCAGAACCAGAGGAUCAUCUGGCCAGAGGUUCUGUGCGGGAUUGCUGGAAAUGUUGUCAAUCUGAUCGCAAAUUACAUCUUCCUCUAUCAACUCCACAUGGGGGUGAGGGGCUCCGCCUGGGCGAACACGAUCGCACAAUUUUCGCAAGCCAUUGCCCUGUUUCUCUACAUCCGGUGGAAAAAGCUUCACACUGAAACCUGGGGAGGAUGGUCCCUCGACUGUCUCCAGGAAUGGGACAUCUUUAUGUCCUUGGCUGUUCCCAGCAUGCUCAUGACCUGUAUUGAAUGGUGGACCUUCGAAAUCGGAAGUUUCCUCAUAGGUCUUCUCGGUGUCCUGGAGCUGUCAGUCCAGUCCAUCAUUUACGAGGUGGCCACUAUUGCUUACAUGAUUCCGUUCGGGAUCAGCGCCGCCGUCAGCGUCCUGGUGGGCAACGCCUUAGGGGCCGGGAACAUCGAGGAAGCCAGGAAAUCCUUUGUGGUCUCCAUUUUGUUCACAGGUUUAUUCUUCCUGAUGAUGGGCACACUGUUGGCAGCCACAAAGGACGUCCUGGCUUACAUAUUUACCAGCGAUGAAGAGGUCGUUGAACUGGUAGCGUGGGUCAUGCCGGUCUACAUCGCCUUCCACCUCUUUGAAGCUCAUUGCUGCACAACCAGCGGGGUCCUACGUGGGACCGGAAAGCAGAAGCUUGGUGCUGUUUUCAACGCCGUGGGCUACUACGCCGUGGGCUUGCCCGUGGCAAUCGUGUUGGUUUUUGUGGCCAAAAUGGGAAUUAUAGGACUUUGGCUGGGGAUGCUGAUCUGUGCCAUCAUCCCUUGUCUGUGUUCCAUAACUUACAUCGUCCGGAUGAACUGGAAGCAGGCCGCUGACGAGGCUCGGCACCGCGCUGGAUUGACCCGGAGGCCCCUGGCGGAGGAUUUGAACUCAGCCUCUGGCCCAGUCAAGAUGGCUCCCUCUUCUGGUAUGGAAGGACAGACAGAUACCCAGAAUGGAGCUGUCCUCCUCAGCUUCACCAAAACAGACGGGCCAACCUACCACAUUCAGCUCCAGGAUGAGACUCCGCCAAUCCUCACCACUGUUGGCAAAGUCCUGACCACAAAGCAGCUGAUCCUGCAGCGGGGAUUGGCUCUCGGAGCUGCCGUGGCCAUCCUGGCUAUAGGUGUCACGAUUCGGUUCUUCACUGUUAAAGACUAGUCUUUCUCCCCCGCCCCCCUUUGGUGGGCCAGUGAGGAGAAAGGAAAGGUCCCGUUUGACUCGAAGCAAGAAACAGGUCGCAGGAGAUCUGAGAUGGGACCUGUGUUGGACAUCAGUCAGCAAGUGCUGUCAGGAUUUGAAGCCAGGACUUGACAGCGGAAAAGCGGCACUGGCUUAGAGCAGGGAUAGCCAAGAUGGUGCCCUCCAGAUGUUGCUUGACAGCAACUCCCAUCGUCCCUGGCCACUGUGCAGUGCUGGAUGGAGGCUGAUGCGAGUUCGAUUCCAACAACAUCCAGAGGGUACCAGUGCCAAAACUACGCUUUGCAAAGUAAGGUCUUUAUCCAACUACCAUCUACUCAAGAAGAGAUCCAUUGAAAGUAUUGGACCUAAGUUAGUCACACCCAUUCAUGUCAACGGGUCUACUCUGGAGUACGACCAACGGUGGAUGCAACCUCAAGAGCCCCGAAAACAAAAUGGCAAUGUCAACAAUGCAGGCAAUAGGUGGUGCGAAAUCAGGAUAAACUCUUACAUUUGAGCAACUAAAAAAAAGCUUCAACUCGCUCUCGAACUUAAUCAUGUUUUAUUUCCAGCAUAUGCGCUGUGUGCAAGUUUUAAGUCUAUAUACCCACGUUCAUUAAAUGUAAAGGGAGAUAUAUAAAUCAUCUUUCCAUAAACAGUCUUUUGGUAACCUUUCUAAACUUGUGUCAG